AUGUCGGAGUACUUUCAGCGGUUUUUCAAGUACAUCGUCAAUCCGGAAAAACGAACAUUGAAGCUUCCGGACAGUCUAAACCAUCAAUACAGCCACCGUACACCUGUUGAGUGCACCCUAACCACUAGAGAAGGUCGUAGGCAUAUCGUGACAUUGAGAGGCAAUCGUUUUCGCGUGUAUUUUGAUGAAGGAUGGCGAGACUUUGUGCAUGGUGAGGACAUUAUGGUCGACAACUGUUUAUGGUUCGACCGCACGUCCUUUACGGAUUUCAUAGUGACAGUGCACGGGGAGGACCAGGUGGAGCGGGAUCUUCGCUACCGGUAUACACUAGAAAUAAAGAAAUGCCACGUGGAACGUGUUUUCGACAUACACGCGAAGACCGUUUACCUUCACGAGGAUGAUCGUGAGGAAGCACUUGAGGUUUGGGCAUUAGCAGAACAUUAUUGUAGCAACAAUCCUGAGCCUCUGUGGGAAACCUUGAAGAUAAUUUUCGAGCCACUAGGGCUUGACCCAUAUCCUGGUGAAAUGAGGGCGAGAGAUGAACGUAACCUUCGCAAACUUGACCAAGUUAUUCGCGAGUACUGGGCCGAAGAAAGACGUAUGGCAGCACAACGAAGAAGGAGAGGAAAUUGAAGAUUCUUGUCGCAUAUGUACUUCUAAGAAUAAAGACUUUUCUUGCAUUGUCGAACAUUUGUAAUCUUUAUGGGUGUAUGUAC